AUUUCAACCAAUCGAAUAACGCGUUAUAUCUGGUUGCCAAACGUAAACAAAAAUGGCGGAAGAAGGCAAAGUAAAGAAGACCAGAAAGCUUAAAGCCAAGUCUGAUAUAAAAGAAAAUGCAGGGAUUGAAAUGGAUACUUUUGGUGAUAGUGCAAAGUCAAAGCUGGAUAUUUUACUUCAGCAAGCUGUAGUUGAGUCCACUUCGAGUGCCAAAGCCAAGAAAAAGAAAAAGAAAGAUGAUUCAGUGUUGGAAUCCCUGCGUAAGGGAGAAGGAUUACAGAAGGAAGAAGAUGCCGCCAUUAAAGCCAACACCUAUGAUCCUAAUGAUAGUCCAAAAAAUAUGAAGAGUAAUAAAAGGAAACAAAAAAUAAUGGAAGAAAAUGCAAAGCUUGAAAAACCAGAUAAUACAGAUAAAAAGAAGAAGAAGAAACCUAUAGAUGAUACAUUGAAUGAACAGGAAACUGAAGUAAUUUCUCCUGAGAAAACUAAGAAGAAAAAGAAGAAACCACCAGAUAACACAGAAGAAAAUGAAGUAAUAUCUCCACCUCCAGAAGAAGCUCUGUCACCAAAAGGAGGUAAAAAGAAAAAGAAAAAGACUGUAGAAGAAAUAGAACUGUCACCGCCAGAAUCUGAAGAAGUUUUGACACCAAAAGAAGGUAAAAAGAAGAAAAAGAAGCCUAUAAAUACUGAACCUGAGGAGGAUCCAUUAGUAACAACAGAAGAAGCACCAACACCCAAACCAAGGAAACCAAGAAAAAAGAAAGAAGUAUUAUCUGAGGAAGAACCUACAAUUUCACCUAGAGAAGUUGAAACUCCAACAAAAACUGGUAAGAAGAAAAAGAAAGCAGUCCUAUCAGAUGAAGAGCGUCCUGUAUCUCCAGAACCAAGCAUAAGCAAGGAAAGAAAGAAGAAAAAAGCAGUCCUAUCUGAUGAAGAGCGUCCUGUAUCUCCAGAACCAAGUACAAGCAAGGAAAAAAAGAAGAAAAAGAAAAAAGGUGCAGAAGACACUGAAGGUCCUACAGUAUCUCCCAGAGAAGAUGAGGAGGUUACAACUCCAGAAAAGAAGAAAAAGAAAAAGAAAGUGAGAACUGAGGAGGAAGGUCCACAACCAAGUGAUGAUGAGGUUUUGUCAAAAACAGAUGAAGAGGAAGAGAUAGAAAAAGAUGAAACUGAAGAAAAACAAAAGGAAGAACCAAAAAAGAAAAAAGGAAAAACAAAAGCUAAAACACCAGAAGAAAUUGAAAAAGAGAAUGAACAAAGAAGAAAACAACGAGCAGAAAUUGAAGACGUUGGCCAAGUUUUAUCCGUGACGAUUCAUCGUACUGACAAAUUGAAAAAUGACUUUCAUAUCUUGCAUCCACUUGUCCGUGUCCAUAUUGUUGAUGAGAAUACUGGGGAAUAUCUUCUGAAGCAAACAAAAGAUCGACCUGUCACAGCUUAUUUUGAGACUAAGAAUGAGGCAAUAGAUAAGAUUUUACCUAUAAUGACACAACCUUUUGACUUCAAGCAAAAGAAGUCUGUAUUGCCUGUAUGGGAAGAGCUAUUGCUGUUUAAUGAGAACUACAAUUAUUUUACAAAAUCUGACCCUAAAGUCAUUGUCCUGUUUGAGCUGCUUGACUUCGUUAGUAUGAACCAUGCCAAUGUAAAGUUUUCUUCCCAAGGGAGUGAAGGAGGAUGGUACAGAAUAGCCUGGGCAUUUCUAAAGGUUUUAGGAAAUAAUAAUAAAUUAAAUACUGGUUCUAAAGUGAGAUUGCAGCUAUUUGAACCACCAUCUUCACAAAUGCGGACGGGACCAAAUCAACCCGAGGUUUACCAGUGGUGGAAGUCCUCACAAAGACGACCAUAUCCAUCUACAGUAUAUGUAACAUUAAAAGGUAUAACACCACCUGAUGAAGUGGAACCUGCACUAAGAUCUAUGUUUGCUACACAAAAGGAAGAAGGAUUUACAACGUAUCAAGAUUUAAAGAAGAGUGUUAGUUGGGGAGAUAAGAAGAGAAGAGAUAGUACCAGACAUACUCUAUCAUCUUGGACCAGACUUGUGGGUCAGACAUGUAGGAUUCCUAAUCAUUUAGAAAACAUGAUACCAGGAGGAAGAAGAGGUUGUUAUGUUCUUAAAUUCUCCCAUGAUGGCAGGAGUUUAGCCUGUGGAUGCCAUGAUAGAGAUAGUUACCCAAUUCUAGUCUAUGAAGUGCCAUCUUUUGAACUGAAAGGAAAAUUAAAAGGACAUUUUGGUAUUGUUUAUGAUCUGUCGUGGUCAAAAAGAGAUACACAUUUAUGUUCAGCAUCAUCUGAUGGCACUGUCAGAGUAUGGAAUUUAGAAGACUUUGAUAAAGCUGAGAAGAUUUUACCUCAUCCAGCCUAUGUAUAUACAUCUCAGUUCCAUCCCCGUAUUGACACCAUUGUUGUAACAGGGUGUUACGAUCAAGUAAUACGUGUGUGGGAUAUACAGGGAGAGGAUGUCCAUGGAAAUCUAAAGCAAGAAAUAGAGAGUCACAAAGGAUAUGUGAAUUCUGUAUGUUUUGAUAGUGAUGGACAGAAAAUGUACUCUGCAGACAGUAUUGGAAGUAUCAGUAUCUGGAAUGUGUUUGUAACAGAACAGCCACACCAUAGAGACCAGAAUAAAAGCGGUUUCAUGAGAGACUGGACAUUGUUCCAUACAAUAUCAGAUCCAGAAUUAAAGGACACACCCAUCAAUCAUUUAAAACUUCAUCACAGUGGACGUAGACUUUUGGUGCAUAGCAGAGAUAACAUAAUACGCAUGGUAGAUCUUAGAGUUCAACGAGUGAUGCAAAAGUAUAUAGGUCAUUUGAACUUCCGUGAACAGAUUAGAAGCACAAUUACCCCCUGUGGAUCGUUUGUGUUCUCUGGGAGUGAGGAUAAUUUGGUUUAUGCUUGGCAUACAGAAACAGGUGAUCAAGUGGUGAUGUACACUGACCUGAAUUACAGAAACCCUGUAACAGAUGUAGAUUAUCAUCCUCGAGAUCACAUGAUUGCCAUGUGUUCAGUAGGGGAAAACCAACCUAUCAUUAUUUAUAACUAUGAUCCACACAUUGCCCAGAUGGAAGCAGGCUUAUCUCCGAGACAUAUAUCCCCUGAACCUAUUAGAGAACAUGAGGAAACUAUUAUGCCUGGUUCUCCUAGAAAAGAGGAAUUAACAACAAAUCCUUCAUCCAUGAUAUUCAACAAGGAAGAAUUCAAUGCCCAUACUGCAGGAAGAUAUGAAAAAGUAUUAAGGAAACUUCAUAGUGCUACAACCCAAAUGGCAGCCACACCAUCCUUGGACCUCCCAGGAAUGACACCAGCAACUACCUCGCCACAACUUGCACAUACAGGAUUCAGAUCAUUAGACCCUAAUAUGACACCAAGAACUAUGAUGGCAUCCCCAGCUACUUUCUCACCUCAUUCAACAAAGACCAUGAGUGGUAUAAUGCAGCAACAACAGUUUAGAUCACAGAAUAUGUACAUGAAAACUGGGGAUUCUGACUGGAGGCCAGGAUUUACUGACGUGGGUAGAUAUGGUGCCAGAAGUACUAGUCCAACAUUUAUAGGCAGGCCACCACAACUAUCAAUGACAGCUGGACCAGGGAAAGCUCAGUUCAGUUUCCAGGCUCCUGCUGGUAAAGCAGUACCAAGUUACAAACAGGUUAUUGCUUUGUAUAACUACCGUGCCCAAAGAUCAGACGAGCUGACCAUAUUCAAAGGAGAUGUUAUUUCUAUUUUGUACAAAGAUAGUGAUAGUUGGUGGAUGGGAGAACUGCCUGAUGGACAACAAGGCUACUUCCCAUCAAAUUAUGUAGCAGAAGAGGGUGCUGAUAUUGAUGCUAAGAUGGGACUUGUACAAGAUAGUGACAGUGAUGAAGAAGAUGAUAAAAAGGUGACUGCAGUCAGAACAAAAACUGGAGAGUUGAAGUUUAUUUCUGCCACAGAAGAAUCUGAAGAUGAGCUUCUGAGUUCAAGAAAAAGUACCAGUACUAUAAAGAGACAUAGAAGGAAAAAGAAACGUGAUUCCUUGGAGAACAGUGAAGCAGGCUCACAUGAUAGUGCUAGCGGGAAACGAAAUAGCAAAAUUGUUGGAGAAUCAAAUGCGUGAAGUUUGAAUUAUUAAAAAAAAACAUUUUGUGACCUUACUGAAGCAUAGCUGUGAUAGAUAUUUUAAGUAUUUUGAAUCAUGUCAACUUCAUGUAUAAGAACCAUUGCAUGAUAAGAUCUUAUUUUGUUGCUAGUAUUGUAUACAUACUUCCCAAAAAUUGAAAUGUUUGAACUUUUUUUAGAUAUGAUUAGGGCAUUAAUUAAGGCUAUAAAUGUUAUGUGGAUAGUGCUCCAUGUAAUAUUAAUUCAAUACUUUUUGACAGAAUGAUACAUAGUUGAACAGAAAUUUUCAUGAUUAUUCAUAUCUUUGUAGAUAAUAAGUUUAUUUCAAAUAUACUAUUCAACAUUUUCUGAAGGGAGAAAACUUUUUUUUAUUUUCAAUUAAAAGUAUUUCAUAUAUGAGAUGUAAUAAUAUAUUUUCAAAUUUGAAUAAUUUGAUUUUUCAAAUACUAUAAAAUUCUUCAUGAGAUUGAUUUUAUUGAAAGUAUGCUAUUAAAGUUCUCCACUUUAUAAUUUUAUGAUGGAAUUUACAAUUAAAUUUUGUACACUCAUGUAGAUAAGUUACAUUAAAAGGGAUAGGUAAAAGUUUCAUUAUAUUCAUUGUUUCUAUGAUUUGGUAUCUGGUAUCUUUCAUGACCUGUUUCUAUAAAGAUUUGUCCUGCAUAUCCGUCCAUGUUCACUUUUCAUAAUAUGAUUUUGGCAGUAGAAAUUUAAAAUCAGACCAAACAUGAAUUUGUCAUAUCCUUCCAAUUGUUAUAUAAUAUUUUUACCCGCCAUUAGAAUGUAUGUUGAAAAGAUAUUUUCCUGAUAUUUUUUAUAAAUGAAUUGGACUAAGAUUGUAUUGGAAAACGAUUAUUAUCUCUAAGGCCACCAUUAUUGAUUUGGGUGGAAACUUGGGACAUUGUAAUUUUGGCAAUCAUGUGGUUUAUAUGGUACUAUUUUAACUUUGGAUUUCUGUGUUUUGUUGCAUAAUGUGUUUUUUCAGCUUGUAUUAAAUAGCUGGAAGGAACUGAUCUUUGGUUGUAGUUGUUGCAUGCAUUUACAUGAGUUACAUUGGACUAUAAUUAAUUUAAAUUCUAUAGAAUCUCAUUAUAUUUUCUACUGAUUUAUUCAUUUUAUUUGAAAAUAACAAAUGUUUUUUGUGGAAACUACAUAACUUCUUCUGGUUGAUUAAGUUUUGCUUGUGAAAAACAGACUUGCAACAUAAACCUUUAUUUGGGACUCAGAAAUAUAAAAAAAAUUGUUAAACAUUUAAAGGAUGUCUUGAAUGAAUAUAAAAAUAUGGCCAUAAGUUAUGUAAUUAAAACAUUUUUUCUGGUUCAAUAUACAGUUAUAGUUAUUGCAGCUGUAAUGAAUUUAAAAGAUUCAAGUUUGGUAAAUUCAUUUUUUUUUUUUUUAUAUUUCAAAGAAAAGGAUUGAAAUAUGAUAUAUUUCAAAGUUUUGAAAUAUUUAUAAAACUGGUAUUAUUUUAUGUAGAAGGGAUAUUUGAUACAGUUUAAAAUCCAUCAGAAACAUUUUUCAUGCAGGGCCUAUUGAAAGCCAUGUCCUUUGUUGAAUAUUGACGAUUUUGAUACGGAGAUCGGUUUUCACAAUUAAAAUGAUCAAUUAUUCAGUGGUCUUUGUAGGAUAAACAAAUGCAUAUCGCCUGUCACUGAUGUUUGUUGUACAUUUCGUUAGCUGUCAAGCAAUAAAUUGAAAUGGAAAAAUAAAUCAAUUAUUGAUUGAAAUUAUAUUUCUGAUGAUUUAUCAGUUUAAUGUCUGUUGCAUUUGCUAAUGUCAUGUUAUUAUAUUUUUAUACUUUUUUUUGUUGUUAUUUAAUGACUGCAUUUAAAUAUAAAAAAAUAAUGAUUUCAUUCAUAGCUCUAGUUAUUCACAUGGUGCAUGAUUGUUAAUGAAAUCAAAUAAGACAUGCUUGAUAUUUAUUUUACUUUCAUAUGUAUUUUGAUGGAUUCUUUUUCAUUUCAUUUUGUUUUAUACAGAUCAAAGAAAAUUUAUGUUUUUAGUACAUUUAUCGUAUUUCUUACUUCCUGGAUCUUCCAUCUCACACCCAUGGCCAGGAAGGUUAGGGGUUCAUAUAAACCACCACUUUAAAAGCACUCUUAUUAAAGUCAAUAUUUUUCCAGUUAGGUACCUGCAAAUUGUCAUAUUGUGGAAUUUUUUACCGAUUACCUUAGAGCUCCAAAUACCCCUUGCUGUAAUGGUAGGUAGCCCCUUGAAAUUCCUAGCUAGGAUCCUGAGAAUGAUAGCUUUGUCUGAAUAAUCUAGUUUCAAUAUUAUUUCUGAUUGAUAUGCUUCUUACAAACCCUAACAUGACUAUUGUUGAUGUAAAAUUAAACAUAAGGAAACCCUUAAAGGUGGGUAAAUAUGGAACUGUAGUCUUUUGAUGGUCCCCUCUCUGGUCAUUGUUAGGUGACUCGAAUCUUCACGUCACAGUCCCUAUAAAUGUAAACUUUUUAUAAAAAAUUUUUUAAAUAUGCAUAAAUAAUUGUGUUGACUUCAAGGUCUUCCCUGAAACAACUUGUUUAUUUUUUACCAAACAUUACCUGAAUCAUCCCAAGACUGAACUUUUGAAUGUAUCCAGUAACAUGGCCUGCCUUUGGAUAACAUAGGUAAACAUUACUGGUACUUAUAUUGGGCCAGGUUGGUCAUAGAUGCUAGGUCAUGUAGGUUAGGUAUACAGACUCCUUUGUGCCUCUUGCUAUUAUGUUUUACAAAACAUUUAAUGAAACGUGAAAUAUGUAAGACUUUUUCAUCUCGUACUUAAUCCAUUCAAGAGUUAAGGCAGGUAUACAUGUACAUUUAGAAUCAUGAAGGAUUUGUAUAGUGACUAUAUAGUGACCAUACAAAUCCUUGGAAUCAUUUACAUAUGUUUUGAUGUAUUUUGUCAUUCUUAAAAAAAUUAUCUGCCCAAUGUGGUGGUGACAAAAAAUGGAUAUCUCUUUACUAAUUACUAACCAACUUUUAAAGCAUUUUAGUAGAUUUUCUAUAAGUUAUAGAACAUUUGCAUUUUAUAACAGUGCAACAGAUUCAAGAACAUUAUAUUUGAUAAAAUUGUCCUGAAAUGUUCGUUUACAAGAACUACAGACAAUGAAAUUGAAAAUCUAUAUUAAUCAAUAAGCUAAAAAGAAGUUAGAAAAAUAAUGUCAAUGAAAAAAUAGUUCGAAUAGGUUACAGAGUUCAUUGUAAUUAAUGAGAUUUGAUAUAAGCUGAUUCCGUCCAGGAAGUUAAUUCAGGUUGUUGUUGGAGUUUGUUCAUUUCCACUCAUUUAUUUCUUAACUGUGAUAUGAUUAAACAUGGUUUUUUAUUAAGCUUUGAUGUACAAGGCAAGGUUUUUGCACCUUCCAUACGAUUUAAUCAAUUUUGUUGUUGAUUUGUAAAAACUCUGUUAGUAUGAAUCCUCCUUUUGUAUCUGUUAAUUUUUAGAACCAAAUGACAUUUUUUUAAUUUUAUUUCAGACAUUGGUUUUAUUUGUGAAUGUUUAUUUCUAUAAUUAUGAUUUUUAUGGCUGGUGAUGUAAUUUCUGCCAUGUUCAAUGGAUCUGUAGAUUGCAUUAUUAUAUAAUUAAGUGAACUGGGUUGAUUAUUUUUGUUCUUUUUCACUGAUAAUUGCAUAAUUUUCACAAUUUGUCUGUAAAUUAUGAUUACACAAUUACCAUUGAUAGUCUAGCUAGCUUUCUGUGGUGUAGGAAACUUUGUCAAUUAUGUAAUAGGCAAUGAAGGCUGUAUUUUUUGUCAAAAGAAAUAGUAAAAGUAUGUUAAAGAUAUAAUAGACAAUAAUUCUACCAAAAAAAUGCAGUUUUUGAUUUACAUUGCCAAGAUAUUUGUUUUAGAGGGUUAGCUAGGCAGACAGAAUUGGUUCAUAUUAGUUACAUCUAUUUUUUCUCAACAUAUAUAGACAAAGGAGAAGGUCCGGUAAGGGCUGAUUUCGGCCUAAAAUUGAAGUACAUUUGAUGAAAGAUUUUUUACAUUUUUUAAACACUCAAGUGUCUACUUCAGUCGAUUCAAUUAGUUAAUGUAAAAGAUUCGAACUGAUUUGGUCAUUAAAGACGCCUAAAUUCAAGCUUAAAUAUGAAAAAUCUAUCAAAUAUGCCACAAAACGUCACUUGGUUUUUGUCUAAAAUGGAAGUGGUCGCAUUCGUGUUCAGUCUCAACCUUUAUAUAUGUUAUGUAUCGUCAUCAAAUACAACAUAUAUUUAAAUAUUAAGACUGAACACAAGUGCGGCCACUUUCAUUUUAGUCAAAAACCAUCUAAAAAUAAGCACAAAUGUAAAAAUUUUGAAGAUUCCAGUAAUUUUGCCUGAAUUAAUGAUGCUAGUACCUGAUGCAUGUGCAUUGUGUUGUCAAAAACAGCCCAUAUUUAUGUAACAAAAGUAUUCUCCUUUCCAAUACAUAGCUAACAGUUUAUAUAUUUAACAAAUUUUGAAAUGCUAUAUCUUGGGGCCAAAAAGGGGUCUAUCCGGGGCUACUCCUUUAUUUUUUUGCCCUACCUAAGAAAGAAGGGGGUAUAGGUUUUCAAAUCCAUGCAUCUGUCAGUCAAAUUUUUUUAAAGGCUUUAGAGGCGAGUAGAAAUUAAUGACUGAUACAAAUAUUAUUGUUUUAAACCUCCAUAUAAAGGAUACCUUAUUAUUUGACUAUUAUUUAUGUAUGGUAAAACUGAAUAAAACAGAACAUGAGCAGACAUAAUAUAUAUCCCACCUAAAUUGUUGUGUAUACUGUACUUCAUUUUCUUAGUGCCAAAUUGGAAUGUUUGUUCAUGUGUAACUUCAAUGUUUAUAAUGUACAGUUUUAUUUUGGAGAAGGUAUGAUAUAAAACCACUUUUGUCCUCUUGAAUUAAAAAUCAAAAGUUUAUAAAUCCAUCAAAUAUCAUCUUUCAGAUGUUCCCAAUGCAUAAAUUUGUCAGAUAUCAUAAUUUAUCAUCUUACAUAUUUGCUUAGGCCUUCAGACUUUUUGCAUUUAAGAAAAAAAUGCAAGAUUCACCAAAAUAGCUUCAUUUUGAGAUCUUGUAAUUAAUUUUCAGUCUGUUAUGAGCCUAAGCCAACAAUAGAUAUUUUGCCGGCAAGAUGUCUUUUCAGAAAGGUAAACUGGAGCUCAUAUUCGAUUUUACCAAAAACUAAAUGUAAAACGGUCAUCUAAGAUCAGAUAUGUAAUUUUUAGCAUGUUUAUGCCACCACAGUUACAUUUCAAACGACCAUUCUACACUACAGUGAUCAAACUAUAUCAUUCUCUUCAUUUUAUUUUGCAUAUUUUUGAAAGGAUUAAAGAAAUUCACUAUUUUUACAACUUUAGGGGCCAAAUGAUGGUUAUUAUCACACCUCCUUUCUUAUUGAAGCAUGAUUUCUGAUGAUUUAUAAUAUUAUGAGGAAAAGUACUAUGCAAAUUAUAAUAUAUUUAUAUAUAGUGUAUAUAUGUAAAUGUACUAGAUGAAUAUUUACUAUGAAAAAAAUACAAGUUGAAAGCUUA